AGACGUCAGCGCCAUUCAAACAACAUUUCUCUCCGCCCAUAGAAAAGUUUCUGUCCGCGAGAGUGGCGUGCUUAACGCUCAAUCCUCGCGGUGUUGCACACGGUUCGCAUUAGUGGGUCGUGGCUUAUCGCGCUAAAUGCCGCGCUCGUAAAUCUGAUCGCGUUUACACGCCCAGAACUUGCGCUGUUUACGCCACUCGACGCCUUUCGCGGUCACGAAAUCGGCGUUAAGGGUUGCGUGUCGUCCAACGAUUGCUGUGCAUUCACAAGACGAAUUUCUUCCUUUCUUUGGGGUUGUCUCGGGAGAAAGAACUAAUUGGACACGUGGCCGAGCAGUAACGAGGGGAAACUUUCGAAAAUUCUAAAGUGGACAUGCGUAUCAAAGAUCGGGCUGAGGCUGCACACCGAUGACGCACGAAUCGGUGACGAGGUGACGAGUACGACGACGACGACGACGACGACGAGCACCACGGAGCCACACGAGUCGGAGGGAACGAAUCGAGGAAUCAUGGCUAAAAGCGCGGAGAGGUUGCCCGGCACCUCGACCAGGUUAAGAACCAGAGACGACGGCUGCUGCUCGGUCAAUUUCCUGAAAUACGUUCUGCACAUUUACAACGUGGUGUUAUUCUUGUCUGGAUUGGUGGUGGGCGGGAUCGGUAUCUGGACGGUGAUUUCGAAGCACAGCUACGUGUCCCUGAUGACGACCUCCACGUAUCCGACGCUAGCCUACGCUUUGAUCAUCGCAGGUGUCCUGGCUGUGGUCGGUAGCUGGCUCGGAUGCGGCGGUGUAACUUCUGAAAAUAGAUGCGUACUUCUCAUAUACGUGUUCGUGGUGAUGCUGGUGUUCGUGCUGGAGGCGGGUGUCGGUGCCUUGGCGCGUCUCUACGAGGAACAAGUCAGUCCUGAAUUGAAGAUGAACCUUAAUCGCACCUUCCUCGAGAACUACGCCGUGAGGCGCAGGGAAACUUCGGCGAUCGACCAGAUGCAGAUAGAGUUCAAAUGCUGCGGUGCCCUGAGAUUCGAGGACUGGAUGGUGAGCGAGUGGCACAAGGACGAGAAUGUCCUCAAGAAUGGGAGCCUCGUGCCGGAUAGCUGUUGCAAAACACCGACCUUCCUCUGCGGAAGGAGGGAUCAUCCGUCUAACAUCCAUUACACGGGUUGUAUCUACAAGUUUCUCGAGACGACGAAGGAUCACCUGAUCAUCCUCGGGGCUGUUGGCCUGGGAUUGUCGGUCCUCGAGCUGUUCGGCAUCGUGCUCGGCUCGUGCCUCUACAUAAAGCUCAGGCACGACUUCGACGACUGAGAACUGGUGCAAACACAGGAGAGCAACAAUAACGGCCGUUCCUGGUGCAGAUACAUGCAGAACGGCGCUGGAGUCGUUUGAUCGUUGGGACGGAAGGAAAGAGAAGAGGGAGGGGAGCGGCCGUCGGGAAGGGGAGAGAGGAGGGAGGAAUCCUUCUUCGCCGUUCAACAUUUCCUACUUUUUUUCUUUUUCACGUUGAAUUUCCCUCCGAGUUCCAGAGGGACUCGUGGAAUUUCUAUUCGAUUCUAUCCCUCUCCCGGAGGACGACUGCAAAGAAAAAGAGAGGGAGAGGGGAGAGUAGAAAGAGAAAAAUGGAGGGAAAACGGUGUGCGAGGGGAAACGUUCACGAGUCGUCAUCGUGACAUAUGAUACUCCUUAGCCACAGGAAUCUUUAAAGUCGGACUCCUUUUCUCUCUCUUCUUUCUUUCUUUUUUUUUUUUCGCGUACAGUAUAGCGCGAGAUUCGAGACAAAAAAGUGAAUGCAGAUCGCAGGACAAAUUAUUCGAUGUAACCAAACGAAAUUUGGUUGGAAGAGAAGACGAGUCCAUCAAUUUCUCCUCCUUUAUCUGGAUGAUGAAUCUCGAUUAAUUCUCGACUACUGCCCGGAAUAACUAUCCUCCUCCCCUUUUAUUACCCAUGACAAUUUUAUAGAGAAUAUUUUAACGAAACAUUUCCACCUUUCGAACUUGUUAUUAUUCGUAUUUUCGUAAAGAGAUCGCGCUCUAAUCCAAAGUUUUUGUACGCCGUUUCUGUUUUCUCGUGGGGAGGGAACAGAGAGGCAUUCCUGUUUUUAUACACGGAACGACAUCGAUCACGAUGCCAGCGUUUAUAUUCGCGGCUAGUGAUCUCUUCGAUUACGAAUCGAACGUUCUUCCGCUCGUACAAAUCACGCUGUCUCGUCGAAUACUGCCGUAACAAAUUCGCACAAAUGUUUCUAAAAGUAUAUAUACACAGAUUACACGAUUACGAGGAGCGAGUUUAGCGUUCUUUAGCUAGUAAAAAAAAAAAAGUCACGACGACGUGUUCCAAUGGUCGCGAUCGAAACACGGCGCUGUUCUUUGGGGCCAAACGAUCCCCAUUUGUCGAUCAAACGGACCAUUUUAUCGUCCUGCUUUUUAAUCGAAUAUAAAAACAAAAAAAAUAAAUAAAAAGUAAAAAAAAAUAUCCGAGAAAAGAAAGAUCCGAUUGUUCGAGCGAAACGAUCGUCCUUCUAUUCCGUUAAAGUCGAUCACCACUCACGUCCUCUAGUUUUUUUAUUCUCGUAAAAAGAGAAUUUUUAUUCGAUCAACUGAAACGAACUUAACGGAUUUAACGUUUAUCGAAAAGGUCGAGGAUGUAUAUCGAUGUUUUUUUAAA